AUGUCUGGACCCACCGGACCCGCACCGUCCGCCGGGCCCGGGCCCGUGGCCGGGGCAGGGGCCGGGGCCGGGGCCGGGGCAGAGCCGGACCUACCGGACCUGAGCCACCUGACCGAGGAGGAACGGAGCAUCAUCCUCUCCGUGAUGAAACGACAGAAGAAGGAGGAGGAGAAGGAGCAGAGCAUGCUAAAGGAUCAGGAGGAAGUGAAACCUCCCUCAUCCUCGUGGAAUCCAUUCUCAGGGUUCAGUCAAUUGGUCAAUAAUGUUGCCGCCAAUGUGUCCGAAGUUCUGCAGGUUAAAAGUCCGACUGACGGCGAAUUGCAGACGAAGUUACAUCAGCAGUUUGAAAUGUAUAAAGACCAGGUGAAGAAGCUGGGGGAAGAGCCUCCGGCGGCUCAGACAACCAGGGCCGAGUCUCCUACUUGUGGCGUCUGUCGUAAGACCAAGUUCGCUGAUGGCUGCGGCCGAGCCUGCUGCUACUGUCAGAGCCGCUUCUGUGCCCGCUGUGGGGGGCGUGUCCCACUGAGAGCCAAUAAGGUGAUGUGGGUGUGCAACGUGUGCAGGAAGCAGCAGGAGAUCCUCACUCGGUCGGGGGAGUUUCAUUCCAACACGUCGCUGCUGACUGUUGACCACAACUCACAUGGGGCUCCACAUCCACAAGCACAGGGCCCACCAGGGGCCACGGGGCCCCUGAGUAACGGAGCCGCCGAGCAGAGGCGAAGCCCCUCUGGUUCGUAUUACGAUGGAGGGGGAGGCAGAAUGCAUCGCUCGCCAUCUGACCACGGUCUGGAACGCCGCACUCGCUCGCCGCACAGCUACCACGGUAAUGGCGAGGAGGAGCUGCGGGCCCGAAGGCGACCAAUCAGGGAUGGAAGAGGCCGUUGGCACUCACAGGACCACCCCUUGGACCAGGUGAUGACCGACCAUGAGAUGCGCCGGCGGCAGGAAGAAGAGUUUCAGGCUCGUUACCGUAGCGACCCUAACCUGGCCCGUUACCCAGUUAAGCCACAGCCAAGCGAAGAAGCCAUGAGGAUGUUAGCUCAGGUUGGCCGGGUCCGCCACCAACGCCGCCACAGCGACGUUUCCCUGGCAACUGCUGAGCCUGAACACCUGAUCCUCCGGCACUCAGGCAUUCGUCAGAACAGGCCUCAGGGAUUGGUUGGAUCUGGAGGUCAGAGGUCGUUCUCUGUGGACAGGACAGCCAAUCACAUGAGCCCCACAUCUCCCCGUCGCAGUCCAUUGCCACAGCAACACCUGGACCUGGGCUCUGCCCUUAAGAGGAAGCCUGGCAGUGACGGAAUGGCUCACAGGGUGCGGAUGAUGGGAAAGAUGCAUGUGAUUGGUAGCUUCAGCAGUUCGGAGGAGGACCUUGCAACCACACCCGAAUAUACAAGCUGUGAUGAGCCUGAUAGAGACAUGGAGAGCCAGUGGUGGGAUCAUGGUGCAUGGCACGGCGAGCCUGGGCCCAUGUCUAUGCCGGUCACCUGGCAACCAUCCAAAGAUGGGGAGCGCCUGAUUGGUCGAAUUGUGCUAAACAAAAGGAUGAAGGAUGGGACAGUUCCCGCGGACACAGGAGCGCUGCUGGGACUCAAAGUUGUCGGAGGUAAGAUGACGGAGUCCGGCCGCCUCUGUGCUUUCAUCACCAAGGUGAAAAGAGGAAGCUUAGCGGACACUGUGGGACACCUGAGACCAGGUGAUCAGGUUCUUGAGUGGAACCGUCGGGUUCUUCAGGGUGCCACUUUCAAUGAAGUCUAUAACAUCAUCAUGGAAUCCAAAUUAGAGCCACAGGUGGAGUUGGUGGUGUGCAGACCGAUUGGAGAUGCCUCGAGGGCAGCAGAUGCCACCCACGUUCACAUGGAUUCCAGCUCCAGUUCCUUUGAGUCUCAGAAAAUUGGGCCGUCCAUCUCUGUCACAUCUCCAAUGAGCCCCAAUGUUCUGUCUGGCCAAGUCUCUACUUUAAACAAGCGUCCUCUGGUCCCAAGAAUUCAGAUAAAGUUGUGGUACGACAAAGUUGGACAUCAGGUGAUUGUCACCGUUCUCGGAGCCAAAGAACUUCCUGUUCGGGACGAUGGCCGACCACGAAACCCAUAUGUAAAGAUCUACUUCCUGCCAGACAGAAGUGAUAAGAGUAAACGUAGGACAAAAACGGUGAAGAAGUCGCUGGAACCUCGGUGGAACCAGACCUUCAUGUACUCGCCGGUUCACCGACGGGAGUUCAGAGAACGGAUGUUGGAGCUGACGGUGUGGGACCAGGCCAGGGUCAGAGAAGAGGAGAGCCAAUUCCUGGGAGAGGUUCUGAUAGAGCUUGAGUCGGCACUGCUGGAUGACCAGCCUCAUUGGUACAAACUACAGCUUCAUGAUGUUUCCUCUGUGCCGCUGCCCAACGCGUCCCCAUAUCUGCAGAGGCGAGGACUGCAGGCUGAACACACACAAGCCAGCAGGAGGCUUCAGAGGUCCCAGAGGAUCAGUGACAGUGAAUUUUCAGAUUAUGACUGUGAAGAUGGCAUUGGGGUAAUAUCAGAUUACAGACAGAAUGGGCGGGACUUCCACAGCUCCACACUCUCCGUGCCAGAGCAGGUUAUAUCUUCAAAUCACUGCUCCCGAUCCGACUUGGUCAGGAUGAGAUCACGGUCACCAAGUCAGCCUCCUCCCCAAAGUGGUCAGCCUCUGUACCCGCUGUACCGGGAGGACGCGGUGCGGCUGCUGCGAGGCUCCAAGCUGAGCCGAGCGUUCUCUGACGCCAGUCAGUACAGCAGCUUUGACAGGCGAAAUCUGAGGAGAAUGUCUGUGACCAACUCUCUCGAUUCCUCGGACAGAUAUUUUAACGGUCCUCACCCCACCUGGACAAACCAAAUGAUGAAUGGGAAUUGUGAGGACUACAGUCAGGACUUCAUCCCCGACUUCCCUUAUGAGCCUGAAGCUUACGAUGAGGAACUGCUGAGGUUCAGCCGAGGAAUGGACCGGAGGGACUAUUACAGUCGCUCUCGCUCAGCUGACCAGCGAGCAAUGACUGACCGUCAUGUCUACACUCGCUCACACUCGACAGACCGAGCUGACUCCUCCUACCUGAGGUCUGGUCGCUCCGCUCCCCCCUCACCUGCCCAGAUCAGGGCAAAUGCCAGUCCAACAGGAACGCCAAUCAGCAGCCGCAGAGGACGCCAACUUCCAAUUGUCCCACCAAAAGGCUCUCUGGACAGAAGUGUGAUGAAGGAUCCUACAAAGUUGAGAGACAGCCUCUCCUUCAAAUCAUCAGAUAGUGACGUCAGUGAUGUUUCAGCCAUGUCCAACGCCUCUGAAAACCGCUCUGCCCGAAAAAUCAGUCGUAUGGAAACUGUGGAGGGCCAGUCAGUGGAGGUGGGGGCAGGAUCAGAGGGAGCACAGGAAGAGGUGGGGGCAACAGAUAGAGAGGCCACACUACAGAAGAGUGAAUCAGUGGAAGAAGGACAGGAGGAAGAAGAGCCCGAGCCUUCAAAGGCAACGCCAACCCCUGGAGCUCCUCUUACCAAGUCCUCUAGUGUGGGUGGAGAGAUUUGCUCUUUGGGAAGAAACGAUGACGAUGAUGACGACAAGAAGCGUCGCUCAAGCUUUGGAGCAAGGAUGAUGGGAAUGGUUGGAUUGGGAAAAAAGAGUCAAAGCGCCUCCCAGCUCAACCCAGAGGAGGAGGAGAAGAAGAAGAAGGUGAUACGACUUCCUGUUCAGAGAAGUGUGGAAACGGGUUUGGCCGUCGAGUUUAAAGCUCGAUUCACCAGACAACCGAGUCGAGAUCCAGAUGCUGAAGACCCCAAACCUGGAGCUCUCAUAUUCCCAGGAGUGAAGCUGGCAUCAGACAAACAGUUUACUGGCUUCCUGGAGGGAUUAGGCCCCGCCCAGCUGGCUGGACGGCAAACAUUAGCCACGCCCCCCAUGGGGGAUAUCCAGAUUGGGAUGGUCUACAGGAAAGAGCGUCUUGACGUGGAAGUGAUUCGGGCCCGGGGGCUUGUGGGUAAACAGGGGAACAAGAACACUCCAGCUCCUUACGUUAAGGUGUAUCUAAUGGACAACGGGAAGUGUGUGUUGAAGAGAAGAACUCGUCUGGCAAGAAAAACUCUUGAUCCUCUCUAUCAGCAACAGCUUCAGUUUGAAGAAAAUCCUGAAGGAAAAGUGCUGCAGAUCAUCGUCUGGGGCGACUAUGGGCGGAUGGACCAUAAAUCCUUCAUGGGCGCUGCUCAGAUACUCUUAGAUGACUUGGACCUGUCCAACAUGGUGAUUGGCUGGUUUAAACUGUUUCCUGCCACCUCAUUGGUGGACCCUGCCUUGGCCCCGCUGACCAAUAAGGAGACAGAAGGCAACAAGUCGUAGCAUCAGGAGAUGGGACUGACUGCAUCGUCUUAAGAAACGGGCCAUGACCAAACAGGAGGGGACACAUAGUUGCUGGGCAGGGUUUUAAAAAAGUCCCAUGAUCCUCCUGUGCUGCUGCAUGCUGCAUGAUGAUGUCACGUCGAUGACGUUCCAGUGCCAUGAUGAUGUCACCGGGAGAAGGGAGGCUACAUUCCUCAACCCAGUGAGGGCAGGGCCACGCAGCGAAAGAUGCUUUACAAAGAAGAGCCUCAAGCUGCCAGCCAAUCACAGCAGCUCCUCAGGAGUCAUGUGACUAUUAGAGGCAUGUCCAAGAUAUAGAAACUCUCUGUCACUCGAUAGUUCCCAUGGAGACGCAGGAACACGGAGGUCUGCUUCUUUGUUUUUGCAUGGAACAAUGAAAAGGCUAGACCAUAAAAACAUGUGAAACAUCAACUGAAAAAAGAACAUGAGAAUGUCGCCUGAAAACUGGAAAAAUAAAAGAUUCUCAAAGCUUCUCAGCUGUUCUGUUUGAUAAGGUACAGGGAUUGUUGAAAGGCAUCUUCCUGAAGUUCUCCUUAGACAUGUCCAAUUGUCUUUUAUCAUCUAAAACAACUUGAACUGUUGUUUCAGCUUUUGCAUUACAGACUUUGUUCUUACUAGAACGCUUUUCAACAUAUCUGAUCUAACU